CUGUUCAAAAGUGCUAUUACACACACUCUCACUCACUCACAUACACACGCCGCUGGAGCGCAUAGACACUCCGCUACAGACAGAAAGACUAGAGUGGUCCCAGAGAUGGAAUGAAUUCUCCUUCGGAAGAUAUUAUAUUCAUGUUCGUCACACUUCUCAUGAUUUGCGCUCCAUUCUUGUCCUAAAUACGGAGACGUCUUGUCGGUUGAUAGUUCAGUCAACUGUGUCUCAUCGGUCGUAAAUGCAGGAGUAAAUGACCGGAGUCCUGGAAUCCCUGCGAGCACAGGAGAGAGAAGGGGGGAAAGGCAAGCGCUUCAAUCGUAUUUGGAGGUAGACUAAGAGUCGCUUAUCAGACCCUGUAGGAAAUACCCCAGGAGGUUCCAAAUCAGUGGACAAGCUCUGUAUGGAACCGGGGAAUUAAGAGGAGUUUAUUUCAUCCACGUUGCUCCACGAGGCUAGAUAACCCAGUCAUGACGAAAAUAUUAAAGUUAUAAGGUGGCAUCCCAGUGUGUCGUUCAAGUAGCCUAUAUGCCUGCUUCGGAGGGAAAGCUGUUCACCGCAGUCUUUAGCCCAUUUUUAUUUAAUUAAGUACACUUGGAAGAAACAUUAUUCGUUGAUUGUUUUAGUAAAAUAGGCUACGUGGAGUAAUAACAUUUGUUCCUACAUUUUCUGGAAAAAAGGGUCUCUACAUUUUCUGCAAAAAAGGGUGUGUAUUUUCUUGAUGGACAACUGAUUUGAUCCUGGGAGGUAACAUUUAUAAAUAACAAGACAUUGAACAUUGCCAAAAAUGGAUACGCUACCAUCGCUGAUUGGAUUUUUACUUGCAAUGUGUCUAACACCGGGAGUCCGUGGAGACAAGGGUGAGGUCUGUGGGGGCACCCUGGAUGCCAGCGACGCAGGGUACAUCACGUCCCCGGGCUACCCUCUGGAGUACCCGCCCCACCAGAAUUGCCAGUGGGUCAUCACGGCCCCGGAGCCCUCCCAGCGCAUCGUCCUCAACUUCAACCCCCACUUUGAACUGGAGAGACUGGACUGCAGGUAUGAUUUCAUUGAGAUCCGUGAUGGUGGUUCGGACUCGGCUGAGCUGCUGGGUAAACACUGCAGUAACAUCGCCCCCCCGGCCAUCAUCUCUUCUGGUACUGCCCUGCAUAUCAAGUUUGUCUCCGACUACGCCCACCAGGGGGCUGGCUUCUCACUGCGCUACGAGAUCUUCAAGACAGGAUCGGAAUUCUGUUUCCGGAAUUUCACCAGUCCUUCCGGAGUGAUCGAGUCCCCCGGCUUCCCUGACAAGUACCCCCACAACCUGGAAUGUUCUUACAUCAUCAUAACUCCGCCCCACAUGGACGUGACCCUGACCUUCUUGACCUUUGACCUGGAGAACGAUCCCCUGCUGUCAGGAGAGGGAGACUGCAAGUACGACUGGCUGGACGUGUGGGACGGGCUGCCCCAGGUGGGCCCUCUGAUUGGUCGUUACUGUGGUACUAAGAUUCCUCCUGAGAUCAAGUCGUCGUCUGGUUUACUGUCUCUGUCCUUCCACACGGACAUGGCUGUGGCCAAAGACGGCUUCUCAGCCCGCUACAACAUGACACACAAAGAAGUCAGUGACACUUUCCACUGCAGUACAGCGUUUGGUCUGGAGUCAGGGAAGAUUUCGGAUGACCAGAUCUCAGCCUCAUCCUCCUUCUACGACGGCCGCUGGUCCCCUCGCCAGGCCAGGCUCAACAACAUCGACAACGCCUGGACACCCAGCGAGGACAGCACCAAGGAGUACAUCCAGGUGGACCUCCACUUCCUCAAGGUGCUGACAGGCAUCGCCACCCAGGGAGCAGUCUCCAAGGAGACGCAGAAGUCCUACUACGUGUCCACCUUCAAGCUGGAGGUCAGCACCAAUGGAGAGGACUGGAUGACCUAUCGCUACGGCAGCAAGAAUCACAAGACGUUCCAUGCGAACACAGACCCAUCUGAGGUGGUGUUGAACCGCAUACCCCAGCCCGUCUUAGCCCGCUUCGUACGCAUCCGGCCUCAGAACUGGAAGAACGGCAUUGCCCUGCGUUUCGAGCUCUACGGCUGCCAGAUCAUAGAUGCUCCGUGUUCAGAGAUGCAGGGCCUCCUCUCUGGCCUGCUCCCUGACGCCCAGAUCUCAGCCUCGUCAGCUCGAGACAUGCUGUGGUCCCCUGGGAAUGCCCGCCUUGUGGGCAGCCACUCAGGCUGGUUCCCCAGCCCCGCUCAGCCCCUGGCUGGAGAGGAGUGGCUCCAAGUGGACCUGGGUGUCCCCAAGACUGUCGGGGGGAUUAUUACCCAGGGGGCGAGGGGCGGAGAGGGGACAAGCAGCACGGACAACAGGGCCUUUGUGAGGAAGUACCGCGUGGCUCACAGUCUAGACGGGAAGGACUGGGGGUACGUUAUGGACAGCAAGACCAGCCAGCCCAAGAUAUUUGAGGGGAAUACCCACUACGACACCCCUGAGCUACGCCGUUUUGAGGAGACCCUGGCCCAGUUCAUCAGGAUCUAUCCAGAGAGGUGGUCUCCUGCCGGGAUCGGGAUGAGAGUGGAAAUAUUGGGCUGUGACGUGCCAGAAACCAGCACGCUGGCUGACACAGCCACGCCGACUUUGUCUGGUCCAAUGGAGAGUAGCACUGCCCAGCGGUCGGGCAGAGGAGCUAGCUCCUCCCCUCCGUCAAUGGGUGGUGUGUGUGACUUUGAGCAGGGUCUGUGUGGCUGGACUCACGACCUCAGCGCCCCGCUCCAUUGGUCCCUCCACAGCAGCUCCAAAGCCCCAGCCCAGGGCCCCAGCCUGGACCUCGCUCUGCCCCCCACCGACCUGAAUAGCUACCUGUACAUCGAAGCCAACCCCAAGAUGGCGCGGCAACGAGCCAGGAUCCUAAGCCCCAUGGUGGGACCCGACACGGGGCCUCUCUGCCUGCUCUUCUCCUACCAGCUGUGGGGAGAGGCCCAGGGCACCCUGCGCAUCCUUCUCCGCGAUGCCCAUCACAAGGAGACCCUUCUCUGGGCACUCCGCGGCGACCAGGGCCCCGUUUGGAAGGAGGGUCGCACCAUCCUGCCCCGAUCCCCCAAAGAGUUCCAGGUGGUUAUGGAAGGCUUCUUUGACCACGGAACCAAGGGCCAUAUCAUGAUCGACAACAUCCACAUGAGUUCUGGUACACCUUUGGAGGAGUGCACACAUCCCUUUGCUGCCUUCCCUCCCGACAUGACAGAUAGGAGACCAGAGUUUGGAGACAGCAGACUUUUUAAUGGCAGGGACGAGUUAGAUGGAGGCUGGGCGUUCCCCGAGGAGUUGAGUACGGCGGCCCCGUCCUCCGAGCCACUGGAGACGCGCGUCUCCUCCUCAGCCGACAAGGACAACUCGUGGCUGUAUACGCUGGACCCCAUCCUGGUCACCAUCAUCGUUAUGAGCUCCCUGGGCGUGCUGCUGGGCGCUGUGUGCGCCGGCAUGCUGCUCUACUGCACGUGCUCCUACAGUGGCCUGUCAUCGCGUAGUUCUACCACGCUGGAGAACUACAACUUUGAGCUGUACGACGGCCUCAAGCACAAGGUGAAGCUCAACCAGCAGCGCUGCUGCACCGAGGCAUGAGGAGAAAGAGUAGAGAGAGGAGAGGGGUAGAGGAAAGGAGAGAGGCGGCCAUUUUGAGGAAAUUAUCUUCUCCUUUGUUUUCUCUCCUUUGCUUGGAACGUGAAUUUCCUUUCUGAGCUGAAGGACUACACCUGCCAGAUGGAAGGACAUUUUGGGGAAAAUACACUUUUUAGACUGAUCUUGAGACCCCUCCACCCUGCUUCAAUCAAAGUGGUGCAGUCCAGGGUGGGGUUUUCUGGACCAAAACCAAUGAGGGAAGGACUGGGUAUUUCCCAAAGUGGUCCCUAUAGCAGACUGUUCCAUUGCCAGGGGAGUUCAAAUAUCAACACAUAUCAAUACCUACUAUUCCCCCCUCCCCCCAAAAUUGAGAACUCCAUAUAAAUACAUCAUAGUUUUCUAGGUCUAGUUUUUAAACUGGAAAGAUGUUAUGCUAAACUCCUUGACACAGAAAACGCCUUAGACAGGUGUUCAUGCAGUGCUUAGAUAGUAUUUCUCUAUCACGUGGACACAGUGGCCUAGAACCUAGUGAAGUGAAUUCUUUAUGAAGUGUUUUUGUUGAGUUAGACUCUUGCGUCUCUGUAACACAUCAGCCUCAGUUCUCCGCCCCAUUUUCUGACAGGUCUGGGGUAUUUUUAGACUAAUCACCGUCUUUGGUGUGUCUUUUUGUUAUUUGUUCAAUUCUUCUCUGUUUUCUUUCUCGUUUUGGCCUGUUGCCAGCCUGUGAAUGCUGAUAAAGAAAGGAGGGAAUGGGGGGAGAAGGGGGGGGGGUUCUAAUCAUGUUCUCUUCUAAACGUGUUCCGUUUGAAGAUAGAAAGCAAGGGAGUUUAUUGUUAGAUUUAGUUUCAGGCAGUGGUUGCCGGUGGGUUUGUAUCGAAAAGGUUGGCGGUCGUGUUUACAGUAAACUGUGGCUAGGUGAAGUAAAGGGUUAAGGUGGAGAUGGUUUUGGCCAGUGCAACCUAUGGAUUGCUGGGAAAUCCAAGCAGAGACUGAAUAGCCAUCUACAAAUGAGAACUGAUGAAGAGAGAAGAAGGAAACAAAAAUAUGAAUCAAUGGAGCACAAAGUCCUAAAUCAACCUCUCUGGGAACAAUGUACUCUGUGUGUUGGAUGAGUAACGAAUCAACGAUAAAACGCAAAGUGGGAUACAAAAACAAAAAUAUAUAUAUAUGUUCUAGAUCGUUACUUGACAGUGGACACACAUCUGAGCUUUAAGUCAGCGAUUGGUAGAGGAAACACCAAUGGAAGGACACCAUUUCCUCAGAGUGGACCAAUGUGGUCUUGGUGUCAUGGUUCUUCACUUGUGCUCUCCUCGUUUGAUGUUUGUUGCUCUUUUUUUCACACUUUGGCUCCAUUUUGCGUUGUCACGGUGAGGCUGGCGUUUUAACAGGAAACAGGUUUAUGGGGAGAGGUAAAUCAGGAGGAUUUAAACACACAUCUGCUCCCUCUGGACUCUCUAGCCUUGUGAAGGAGGAGUGGGAAAGAGAACAGUAAAUCUUUCCACUGUACCUCAGACUUCUCACUUUCACACACACUGAUCACACACACACACAUGCAUACACAGCGUGCACAUGCUAGCACGCACACACCGAAGAAAGAGUAUCCUGGUCAUUCUGAUGCAAUGAUGGGCAUGUAUAGGGCUGUGUGCGUCUGGAUGUACUGAAGUGGACCCAGGCUUGUGCUGACCGAGAGGCCCAGGUUUUUUGGGGGGGGGUCGCUGGGCCGUGAGGUAAAGUCUAUCCCCUUCUCCCUUCCGCCCUCCACCCCACCAACCCACAUUCCCUCUCCUAUCCCAGAGGCUCCCAUCACUGGACCCCACGGACUCUCUUCCAAGUGCCUUGGAGCUUCUGUGAUCCAGCUUGCCUUUGUAGCCCAUAUCAGAUUACAGAUACAGAAACAGUAGCACAAUCUGUCUGGGCAGGAGGGGCUAAAACACACCUCCCUGGGCAAGAAUGAGUCAAACUCACCCCUCUGGGCAAGAGAGGGGCUAAACCUCACAAGGACGACCCUGACACUGGUCAGACCUAAUUGUUGCUUGGGGGCUUUGUACAGAAAUGUUCUUUUUAUGAUUGUUAUUAAUAUUGUUAUUAUGAUUAUUUAAUAAAGGAUUUAUACCAUACAGAGAA